AUGGGGGAUUUCUCUAUCUCUGUCAUUCCCACUACCCACAGAAGGAUAAAAAGCAAGAUCGCGAUUAUUAUGGGUUCUAAAGGAUUUCCCUAUUCAACCACUUGCUUCACUCUCCCUGUCGACAAGAUUUUGAAGGAAUUGUUAUUAUGGAUUGAUCAGGAUCUUGGACCUUGGGGUCCUGUUGUGCUGGUUGUUGCGUACAUUCCUCUAACAAUGUUGAAUGUUCCAGCAUCAGUGUUAACGCUUGGUGGUCAUGGUUAUGUUUUUGGACUACUUGUGGGCUUUGUAGCCCACUCUAUCGGUGCCAUUAUUGGUGUAUGGGUUGCAUUCCUUCUCGGCGAAAUGGUUAAGAAAUCAGUCGUUGUUUCUAAGUUAAAGGAUUAUCCUCAAUUUCAAUCUGUUGCAAUUGUAAUUCACAAAUGA